AGUGGCUUCUCAUACAAAUCCGACGUCUGGUCGUACGGCGUGGUGCUCUGGGAGAUUUUAACUAUGGAGGCUCCCUUUCGCGGUAUUGAGCAACCCCGGCUGAUGUAUAUAAUCGCCGAGCACAACUACACUCUAUACAUUCCUGAAGGAGUUCCUGAACUGCUUUCGAAUAUUCUCUUAAAUUAUUAUCUUAGGGAGAGUCGAAUCGGAUCAUGUUCGUUGGCCACAUCUCCCGAGGCGCAAGUAUGUUUGGUCUCUCAUUUUUUGCUUGAAGAGGCUGAUGUGAUUAGACAGCGAAUAGCUUUUGUUGAAAUUGCUAAUCUAUCCAUUGAAUUUAAAUUUGGUUUCUCACAGCCAGUGCCCUUAUGCAUCAUAAGAAAUGUUGCCACCGGAAUGGAACAGAUUAAACCAAAUAUCCUGCCGUAG